AUGGCCCGCGGUUUUAACGAUUUGAUCGAUUUUUUGCUCUCAGAAAUCGCUCUCUGCGGUGAUCAGGGGGCUUCUCCAUCUGAUGUUCUGGCCUUCGUCGAUGCUUUCUACAAACGUGCUGCUCAAGAUGGAGUAUCAGAUGCCUCAGGCGCAUCACACCGCCGCAUUCCCUCCAUUAACAGACCGUUUCAGGAGAAAGUCUGGUCCUGGCUGACCAGGAAUCCUGAGGUAUCAGUCGGCAAGAACAGGGAAUGGAACCAUCUCACCUUGGCCGAGGCAGAGGAGCGUGUUUCAGGGACACCAGCCACAAAUGAGGAAGAUACUCCUACAGUUGAUUCUCCAGUUGCGCCCGACACGGAGACCAAACCGCCAGUAUCUGAAGGUCGUGAAGUGCCUCGCGUGUUCGUUUCUGAAGAACGGACAUGGUUCGCGAUCACGGGCCAUGGACCGGAUGUGACCAAAGUUCUACCCACAGAAUUUGCACUCCUUUCGAUAAUUGCUUCUCGCAAGUCCAGAGGAAUAGUGCAGACAGAAUUAGUCCGACUGAGUGGCCAAGAUAAGCGAUCGGUACCAAAGCGUACGGAUGUGUUGCAGCAGAAGGGAUAUAUCGAAAAGAGAGCGAUCCAAGUAAAAUCGGCGAGAACGAGUUUGUGCACACUCAGAAAAUUCGUUCAAGCCAAGCCAGCUUUCGAUAGCGCGGAGACCCCAGCAGACGCCUCGAAGGAAGAGAAGGAACAUAUACUCGACUUUAAAGUAUUCACCGACAAGCUCUUUGAGAUAUUGAAAGAGUACGGUGUCAUCGCACGUAUCGAUCUUAAACGUAUUCUCGGCUUUAACGACCUUUGGCGCUGGAAGAUCCUUUCUCGCGCGCUUCGAAAAUUCGAGCGCAUCGGCGUCCUCAAGCGCGUGAGGGCUAUGUCACAGUAUGCUGAUACGAUGAAAGCUCUACACCCCUGUGUCAUGCUUAUUCGGGAACCAUCCGAGAAGGAUAUCCAGUUGUUUAUUGACGAUAGUCGAAACUUGUUCGCAAACCUAGAGCAGGAAGGUAAUGCCAGUGUGGAGCUCGAUGAGGAUCUGCAAGGCGAGGAAGAUAGAGCUGGCACUUCCGGCUCACAAGAUGUUGGUGUCGUCACAAAGGAAGGCCUUGAAGAAGGUGGAAGAAUGCUUCCGACGUGGACCCCUGAUCGAAACGUCUACAAUUUGAUAUUUGAAGCAAUAGAUCGUUCUGGGACAGUUGGAAGGACAAACAUUGAAACGAUAAGAGUGUGCUUUGGUGGCUUCUUCAGGAGGCCUUUGGAAAACGCAUUAUCCCGCUUAGUCGAAUGUUGGCAGAUAUCCCAACCACCCCAUCUACGACACUUAGCCCUUGUUCGAGACACGGCGCUCAACAAGACCAUAACUCUCUAUGUCCAUUAUUCUGCUCGGAAUUUCAGCAAACUGGUUGAUGCGGGGCAGGCGAGCUGGGAAGCAGUAGAGUUCAUCCCUAGGGAUGGUAAAAGUGGGAAUAUCGAAGUACCACCUGUGGAUGCAGUUCCUCAAGUCGAUGAGUUCGGCUUUCCUUUGGAUAUUCCAACCAAAGAUCUAUUGAGGAAAGGCGAUGCCACUCUCCUUGAGUGUGCCGCUGCAGCGAAGCCAGCUGAUUAUUUCCGCUCGAAGAGCGAUCCUGUAGCAGUAAUGCUAGAGGAUGGGAGUUAUGUUGUCAGAGAUGGGCGUGAAAAGCUUCCCAACGGCGCUUUAGAACGUCUAAAGACUCCAUGGAAAUCGCGCGGGCGACGACCAAAGAAGGCACGCGAAGAAGGUUCUCCCGACCGUCCAGACGAGACUCCUCUUCUUCCUAAGGGCCGUGUCUUACCUGAAACAGAGUUAGACGAUGCUGAGAGCGCUACGGCAACGCCAACCGUCAGGCGCCACAAGUUAUCGAAGUACGACCCUGCACGCUACCCGGGAAUGUCGGAGAAAGAAAUGCUAGAAGCCAUGGGACUGGAUGAGUCCUGGACAGAGUAUAAUGUCGUACUCAUGGAGCGUCCUCACUCUGGAGUCUAUGUGACUCCUCGUGGCAGACGACGGCCGAUGGGAAAGAGACAGGGACGCCCUCGGAUUAGCCAAAUCGCUAUCUUCAAGUCACCAAAUUUGAGGACGCUUCCUUGGUUUUCUGACAGAGAAGACCCCGAUGCGGAAGUUGAAGAUACGGUUGCUGUGUCAGCGCCUACGCCCGAGGCCGUGUCUUCCGCAAUUGCGCAGGCCGAAAAUCCGGUUGAGGAAACUGGUCAAAAUACAGUCAUUGGUGCCAAUAGUAACAAGAGAACCUUCUCUGAGAGCGUUGAGGCCGUUGUGACACCCCCACCAGCUAAACGGAGACGUGGCCGGCCACCUAAGAAAGCACGUGUAGAGACACUUGCAAGCGUGAAUGCACAGGAAACGGCUGCAGCUCCGGAUCAGCACAUGCCGGACGUCGAAGCAGAAAAGGAAAUCACAGAAGACCAGUUAGCUGAUCAUCCACCAGAGCCUGUUCCUCAGCCCACUCGAAAACGCGGGAGACCAAAGAAAAGCACUGGAGGGAAGGCUCAAGAUAUACAGAAGGUCAUAGAAAAUGAGGAGAAUAAUGUACUGGCAGACGCCGGUGAUGAUGUGCCGGUCCAGUCUCCUAUCGAAGAGAAUCAACCGCGCAAGCGCCCUCGCAUCUCAACCACAACGGAAAGUCGAGAGCCGGAGCCGGAGGCAGAACCAGAGCCAGCACCAGAACCAGCACCAGAACCAGCACCAGAGCCAGCACCAGCACCAGAGCCAGAGCCAGCACCAGCACCAGAGCCAGAGCCAGAGCCAGAACCAGCACCAGAACCAGAGCCAGAGCCAGAGCCAGAACCAGAGACUGUAAAAACUGUGCAGACAAUGGAGGUCGAUGAUGUGCAAGGCGAAACGUCGACCGAGGUUACUCAUACGGCUGACACGGAAAUCCAGGGGGAGAUUGCAGGCGCCGUGGAGGCUACAGAGUCACAUACCCUCGAAGAGAGAGGACAAGUGUCAAACGCAGUGGAACCGGAAUCAGUGCCAGAACUGGAACCAGAGCUACAAGCAUUGACUAAGGUGGAAAGUGCCGCUGGGAAUGAAAGCAUUGGGGCUGCGACAGGAGAACGUCCGGAUGUCGACGGUGGAGAACCUAUACAAGCUACGGGACGGAAGAGGAAAGUGAAGAAAGUCCGAAUGGAAAAAGGAGGCUCUGUUACCAUGCUGCGGAGAAACAUAGUGAUGGAGAUUAUUGAAAAAGCUGGAGGUGCAUAUCCGCUGGGCACAGAGCUCUGGUAUCCAUUCACGACAGCUUGGCUUAAGACUAGGUACACAGAAAGGCCUGACCUUAGGACGAUCAGAUCGACUGUGAAGCACAUGGUUGAUGCUGGCAAGCUACGUCAAAUGACUUUUAGUGGGAUGGACGAUAAAGGCAUUAUGGUCACAAAGACCAUGAUAACAAAGCCAGAUUUACCCGCAGACGACCCUCUAAUCAUGGAUUUACAGAAAAAGAUGCUUGCUGCAGGGUCGCGGUUCUAUUUCCCGCCCAAUGUUGAGAUCAACCCAGAGCUCACAAAGAGUGGUAACAAGUUUACUCCUGCACGAGGCCAAAGGGCCAUUACUAGUCUGCCAGUCCGAGAAGAUAUCACUGUGCAGCUUCAUCAAAAACCCGCAUUCGUCGUUGCACUGGAACAGAGGAGAGGUCGCAGAAUCCAAAGACGUUUGCUUCGCGGUGAGGGAGAAGGUGAUCGUUCUAAAAGCCCGCGGCGCAAAGAAAGGGUGAGGCGUUUGAUGAAGAUCCAGCGUCCUUUGAACGAGGAGGAUGCUUUCUUCAGCAGUUUGACAUCAAUAUCGAGGCCUGGCCUCGCUGGUACAGAAGGCAGACGGCGCAUAGUGCAGAGAACGAACGGACGGAUACAAGACACUGAGGCUCUACAACCGCGUAGGAUGAAGCGAAUAUGGCAUCGGAUAUCAGCCAUGGCUCCUCAUGCCAUGCUCAUGAAGCCAGUACAGAAAUUCCAUCCUUCGACAGGGACCUUUUCUACAGAUGCAGGUCUGGCGGCAUACCCCAGACAUGGUUUCAAAGAGAUCCCCGGGCUCUCCCUGCCUCAGUCUGUUGAUGAUAUCAUGUCCAGGACUAGAAGACACAAAGUCGACUUUUCAGCGGAGGUUGACCCUCGUUCCAGCAAGUUUUUCUUGGAUAACGAUGCCAUCGCCAGAUGGGAGAUCCAGAAUUCGCAGCUCUUUGAUCGCCGCAGUGACAACCUUCGCUACAUCAACCAGACUGUCGAUGGCUCCUUUGAUAUAGCGCCUGUUGAAGGAGAAAUCCGGUUCGACUUUGAUGAACCUGUCUCGCAUCCGGCUCGCUCUCCUAUUCCGAAGCGGGUCUUACGCCCUCGUUCUCGCCUUCUUCCUGCUCAAACUCGGGUCUCAGACCUUCAAGAAGGAGAUGCACGUUUCGAGACUGUUGCACCGCAAAGCCGGCGUCUGUCGAGAUUGAAUGAAUCUGUUAUGGCCGAAGAGGUGGAAGCACAGAAAUCGCAGGGACGAAAAGCUCCAUCCCGCUUCUCUGCUCGACGGAACCGAUUUAUCAAAGCAAUGCCUGAUGACUUCGUCCGAAAGCUCACAACCGCGAUGGUCGUCGUGCGGACUUUGGCAGGUGGAAUUGAAGGCAGAAUGAUUGAUUGGGAUCUUGUCUCAAAGGCAUUCCCGGGCCAUGACCCACAAUUCAUACAAGACCGUGGCAGGACGAUUACGAACAGAAGUAGGCUACAGAUGGCCAAAAUGCAGAGUGAUUUCCAGGAGCGCUUCAUAGAGGCGUAUCAAAAUGACGAAGUCCCUGCCAUUGACUACGGCAAUCUGGACGCGUACGAUUGGGAAUGGAUAGUGAAGUGGGCUGACAGCCAACUGGACAUUCCCACAUCAGACCAAACUCUCCUAGAACUGCCUGCCACUCGGGAUCAGUUUGAUAGACUGUUCGAAAUCAGAACAGAGCCUCCGAUUUCGAUAGAGGAGAUCUACAAUCGUAACACCACCACUGUUACUCUUACACGGAAGCGGUCGCUAUUUACAAGCGUGCCAUUUGCAAUACCGCUUAAAGAACACCGUCCUGGCAUGUCACAGAGGCGGGCAGAACUCGCACAGUUGGAGACGGUAAAGACUUGGGUUCGAGCAAACAUUAUCACUCCAGAGGAAGCAUAUAGACCGGCUGAUGCGCGACAAGCAUUGGAGCGGUUCGGCGAAAGACUCGUUCGCGACGCCGUGCAGUCACUGGUUACGGAACGUUCUAUUUCGAUGGGUAACAAAGGCCGCAUCACUCCCGGUCGAAAUUAUGAUAUUACCGAUCACUUCCUAGCGAUGCUAAGUCGCAGGCGGCCGAUUGACUCGGCGCAGCUUAAGGUAGCAGCGCGGUUCAAGACGACUGUUCUGGACAAGCAAUUCAAACAACAGAACCAUCACGAGGUCAGCUAUGCUGCAGAAGACGGUCAAUUAUUAGCCCUCAUCAAUCUGGUAUCUGAAGGAAGGAUCAUCCUCAGGCCCAGAGACCCUCCCAGGGCUAAGUACGGUCUGACGGAUGGCGGGUAUCUCACGAGAUUGAUCGAGAAGAGCAAGCUCCGGUUUGCAAUUGAAGUGCAUCCGGUGCGUGGGAAGUACGUCUACGGGAAUCCGAUCAGGGAAAAGUUGUCAACUAUCCCACCUCCGCGUGGCGACAUGGACAUUGGCACAAUCGACCGCACAGAUACAGCAACCCCAGUGCCAUCCGCCCCGCAGUGGACGCUGCAGCCAUUCCCUGGGAGAGUCCCCGUCUGGUUCGAUGUCCAUCGGAAUUUUGUAAAAAGCGUUUGGGACCUAGCCGUCGCGGCUAUCAUAGGAACGGUGGCACUCCGCCCUGGCAUCAGCGCCGCUUCCAUCGCAAGCAUGAUAAAACCGACCAUGGGUGCAUGGGAGGUGGAGCUGUUACUGGAGUGGAUGGAACAAGUAGGUGUCGUGAGUCGUGAAGCUGCCGACCAGACGUCAGUUGCACGGGGGCAGGAACGAGAGCGAGAAAAUGAGCCAGGUUGGUUUGUUAAGGAAUGGUGGUGGCUCGUUAUCGAGUGA